AUGUCGCGACCGACGGUUUACCUGGUUCGACAUGGCAAAAAGCCCAUGCAUGGGGGAACCGGCCUCAGUGCUGAUGGCGUGAAGCGGGCCCAGUGCCUACGCCAUGUGGUCGGCGCCGAUUCCGAGUAUGAGAUUGACUAUAUUGUGGCCCAAAGGCCGAGAGCAAGUAUGCAACAUGAGGCUCAGAAGAGGCAAAAUGCAUGUGGAUCGUAUAACCAAGGCGUAGAUGGUAGAAGAGCGCGGCCGUACGAGACCAUGAUACCACUAGCCAGUGACCUGGGUUUGUCGGUUGACACAUCGUGCAAACGUAACGAGUACAAGUACGUCAAGAACAUAGUCGACCGCUACAAUAGAACAGGAAACAUUCUUAUUUGCUGGGAAUAUCGUCGGAUGACUCAUACUGUGGAGGAGUUGGGAAGUAAGGAUGCACCAAAUUAUCCUCAUGACCGAUUCGAUAUUAUCUGGACUGAUCCAAGCCCUUAUCAUGAGAUUACAUCAAUUUAUAGCGAGAAUUGCCCGGCUUGGAUCAGAUCCUGA